GUACUCAAGUGAUCCUCUGGCCACAGCCUUCCAAAGUGCUGAGAUGACAGGCAUGAGCUACCAUGCCUCACCUCAGAUGGACCAUUUUGAUGCCAUGUUGGGGACAAAGAAAGAAAGAAAACAACUCGCUUUGACCAAAUUGUCCCUGAGCUGAUUGAAUUCACUGGCUAAACUACAUUAAUUUUCCUCCCGCCCAGUUGUAAUAGGAAGAUAAAAUGUCACUUCUUGCAACUGAAUCUGUAGGUUAUGAAACUCACAUUCAUUUUACUGAUUAUCGUUUUUGUCUGUUUGUUUUGGACAAUAUGGCCCCAGCUGGCCUGUAAGUGAGCAAAGGCCCCGCUAAGAGUCCCUCUCCCCAGGCUUUAUGACACCAGUGCUGAGUCAUAGAGGUUCUGCUAGUCCCCAAGAGAAGCACUUUCGCCUUUCCUGGUGAUAGCUUUGGCUCCUUGAGCAGAGUUUUGCCCGAGUGGGGCUCAUGAGGGAGGAUGGAGUUUCUUGGGACCACUCAGACCGCCAGUUACUGUGGUCCCAGGAAGUGCUGUGGCUUGACCUCACUGCCAGCUGUACAGGCGCCAGUGAUCCAGGAGUGCUAUCAGCCCUACUACCUGCCCGGGUACCGCUACCUCAAUUCAUGGAGGCCUAGCCUCUUCUACAAGAUAGCCAAUGUCCAGACCUGCCCGGACGAGAGCACCAGUACCCUGCGUCCGCCCACCAUCCUGCCCGCGCUACGCUCAGCACUCUUCUCUCGUUAUAGCCCCCACGACUGGGACCAGUCCAACCAGCUGCAGGUGCGUGGGGCUGAGGCCUCCCGGCUGUGGGCCAGCCAGCUGACGGACGACUCCAUGAGGCUUUUGCAGGACAAGGACCAGCUGACGCACCAGAUGCAGGAGGGCACCUCCCGGAACCUGGGCCAGAGGCUGUCGGACAUUGGCUUCUGGAAGUCAGAGCUGAGCUAUGAGCUGGACAGGCUUCUGACUGAGAACCAGAACUUGGAGACGGUCAAGAGGCGGCUGGAGUGCGCGGCCGAUGAGGUGAACUGCCCAUUGCAGGUGGCCUUGGAGUGUCUGUACCAUCGAGAGAAGAGGAUUGGGAUUGAUUUGGUCCACGAUAAUGUGGAGAAAAACCUUAUCCGGGAAGUGGAUUUGCUAAAAUGUUGCCAAGAACAGAUGAGAAAAUUAGCUCAAAGAAUAGAUAUCCAGAUGCGGGAUAACCGGGAUGCUCAGCACGCGCUGGAGAGGGACCUUGAGGACAAAAGCUCGGCCCAGUGCAUCGAUGAGAAGUGCUUUAACCUGAGAAAUACGUCAGACUGCAUCAGCUUCUUCCAUGGCAUGGAGAAAAUUGACGGCACGAUCUCUGUACCCAAGACCUGGGCCAAGUUCAGUAACGACAACAUCAAACACUCUCAGAACAUGCGGGCCAACUCCAUCCGGCUGCGGGAGGAGGCGGAGCACCUCUUUGAGACCUUGUCGGAUCAGAUGUGGAGGCAGUUCACAGACACCAACCUGGCCUUCAACGCCCGCAUCUCCGAGGUGACGGAUGUGAAGAAUAAGCUGCAGACACAGCUGGCGAAGACGCUGCAGGAGAUCUUCCAGGCCGAGAACACCAUCAUGCUGCUGGAAAGGUCCAUCAUGGCCAAGGAGGGCCCACUGAAGGUGGCCCAGACAAGGCUGGAGUGCCGGACCCGGCGCCCCAACAUGGAGCUGUGCAGGGACAUCCCUCAGUUCAAGCUGGUGAACGAGGUGUUCACCAUCGAUGACACGCUGCAGACCCUCAAGCUGCGGCUGCGGGAGACGCAGGACACGCUGCAGCUGCUGGUCAUGACCAAGUGCCGGCUGGAGCACGAGCUCGCCAUCAAGGCCAACACCCUCUGCAUCGACAAGGAGAAGUGCAUGGGCAUGCGUAAGACCUUCCCCUGCACCCCGCGCCUGGUGGGCCACACCUGAGCACCGCCCUGGCGCCUUGUUCCAUGCUGGCGUAAAAUUGGAAAAGGCUGAGAAACAAAGUAAAACAGUAUUUUGUUUGAAAGGGCCGAAUUUCUUUUUUUCUUACCUGUUUCUUCUCUGCCUUUCUUUCUUUCUUUUCUUCUUUCUUUCUUUCUUUUUCUUUCUGUCUUUCUUUCUUUCUUUCUCUUUCUUUCCUUCUUUUUUCUUUCUUUCUUUUCUUUUUCUUUCUCUUUCUUUUUCUUUCUUUCCUUCUUUUUUCUUUCUUUCUUUCUUUCCUUUCUUUUCUUUCUUUCUCUAUCACCUGUUUGUCACCUUAGGAACACAGUGUAAACCAUGGUGUUUUAAGAUUAGACUUGGCAGCUCAAAAUCUAGACCCCAGCUCUGUCACUUAGAAGCUGUGUGGCCUUGAACAAGUUUCUAACCUGCGGUCCUCAUCUAUGGAAUGAGGGUAGUCCGAGGUGCAGGGGACUGUCAGCAGUGUGGGGCACAGAAAAAAAUAAAAAAAUAAAAAUAACCAGGAUUUGCAA